GAAUGGUUGUUUCCCACAUAACAACCUCAGCCUCUAGUUAUUGCAAUAACUGUAUUUAGUGCUGAUAAUUAUUACCAACGCGUGUCACUGGGAAGGAUACUUUUUUCUACAACAUGUACGGGUUUGUGAAUCACGCUUUGGAACUUCUGGUACUGAGAAAUUAUGGACCCGAAGUCUGGGAGGACAUUAAGAGGGAAGCUCAACUUGAUGUUGAAGGCCAGUUCCUGGUCAGAAUUAUUUAUGAAGAUGCCAAGACCUAUGAUCUUGUGGCAGCUGCAAGCAAGGUCCUCAAGGUAGAUGCUGGCCAGAUUCUACAAAUGUUCGGAAAGAUGUUUUUUGAGUUCUGCCAAGAAUCUGGAUACGACACUAUCCUUCGUGUGCUGGGGUCCAAUGUUCGCGAGUUCUUGCAGAAUUUAGAUGCCCUGCACGACCAUCUGGGAACCAUUUAUCCGGGCAUGAGAGCCCCGUCUUUCCGGUGCACCGACGGCGAGAAGGGAAACAACCUAGUUCUGCACUACUACUCGGAGAGAGAAGGUCUGCAGGACAUUGUCAUCGGCAUCAUUAAGACAGUUGCACAGCAGAUCCAUGGCACAGAAAUUGAGAUGAAGGUCAUCCAGCAGAAGGGUGAGGAGUGUGAUCACAUCAAGUUCCUCAUUGAGGAGAAAGAGUCAGAGGAAGAGGCCUUCUACGAAGACCUGGAUGGCUUUGAGGAGAACGGCACCCAGGAGACGAGGAUCAGUCCCUACACUUUCUGCAAGGCCUUCCCCUUCCACUUGAUGUUUGAUCAGGACCUCACACUUACGCAGUGUGGAAAUGCCAUCUUCAGGGUCCUGCCACAGCUCCAGCCCGGUGUGUGCAACCUGUCCUCAGUCUUCUCCCUGGUGCGACCUCACAUUGACUUCAGCUUCCAUGGAAUACUCUCCCACAUUAACACUGUGUUUGUGCUACGCAGCAAGGAAGGGCUGCUGAACGUGGAGAUGGCUGAGAAUGAGGAUGAGCUGACAGGCACAGAGAGCAGCUGCCUGCGGCUCAAGGGCCAAAUGAUCUCCCUCCCUGAGACAGAAAACAUCCUCUUCCUCUGCUCCCCAAGUGUGAUGAACCUGGAUGACCUGACGAGGCGUGGCUUGUAUUUGAGCGACAUCCCGCUGCAUGAUGCCACGCGAGACCUGGUGCUGCUGGGGGAGCAGUUCCGUGAGGAGUACAAGCUGACGCAGGAGCUGGAGAUCCUCACCGACCGCCUGCAGCACACCCUCCGCGCCCUGGAGGACGAGAAGAAGAAAACAGACAGACUGUUGUAUUCUGUGCUGCCACCAUCAGUGGCCAAUGAGCUGCGUCACAAGAGACCAGUGCCUGCCAAGCGUUACGACAAUGUCACCAUCCUCUUCAGCGGCAUUGUGGGAUUCAACGUCUUCUGCAGCAAGCAUGCCUCGGCUGAAGGAGCCAUCAAGAUAGUCAAUCUGCUUAAUGAUGUGUACACCAGAUUUGACAUUCUGACUGACACACGGAAGAACCCUUAUGUCUACAAGGUGGAGACGGUUGGUGAUAAAUAUAUGACAGUCAGCGGCCUCCCUGAGCCCUGUACCCACCAUGCCCAGUCCAUUUGCCACCUAGCCCUGGACAUGAUGGAGAUCGCCGGACAGGUGAAGGUGGAUGACGAACCUGUGCAGAUAACCAUAGGUAUCCAUACAGGGGAGGUGGUCACUGGGGUCAUUGGUCAGCGGAUGCCCCGUUACUGCCUCUUCGGAAACACUGUGAACCUCACAAGUCGCACAGAGACCACAGGAGAGAAGGGCAGGAUUAAUGUCUCUGAGUACACAUACAGGUGUUUGCAGUCAGCUGAAAAUGCAGACCCACAGUUUCACCUGGAGUACAGAGGGCCAGUCACUAUGAAAGGCAAGAAGGACCCCAUGAAGGUGUGGUUUUUGUCUCGAAAGGCCCCUGAAACAACUAUCUAGAAAACUACAGUGUCCUCCUCUUUUUUAAAUAAUUGCUUUUUGUCUUAAAAUGUGUCACCUCAUAUUUAACUUGUGCACAACUCUGUAAAACUGAACAUCAACCACACACAUAAUUAACACAAGAUAUUGUAUAUUUUAAUGUAUCUUUGAACUCUGUUGUAUGAUUUGAUAGCUAAAUGAUUGAAGUAGAAUGCAAAAUUUUAAAACUAAAUGCUCGUCUCCAUUGAAUCUAAUUGCUUGAUUUAGCUCUUUUGACUGACAAUUCAAUCUUCUAGAGUUAAUUGAAUUAUUAUUUAUUCUAUAUUUACCUUUGUAUGCCUAAAAUAUGCGUAUAGUCCAUAGAGUGGAGACUCUUAUGCAGGACAAGGUAGAAUUUUAGACUAGUGUUAUUCAUCUGACAUUCACAUUUAUUUAUGUAUAAAUUCUGAACUGUGGGCUAUAUUUAAUUAUAGUACAGCAUAUUUAUUUUUUGUAUGUAUGUAUGUUUGUAUGUACGUAUGUAACACUUAUAAGCUGUUGACCAUUACUAUCAGAAUUUAUAGUUUUGACAGUGUACAAAAUCUCACAUGAAAUUUGUAUUUAAAUAGAUCUGUUCUUAAAACAGCACUUUGCAACCAUUUUAAAUAGUAGCUAUAUAUUGAUAGAGGACCAAUCAUACCACUUGUCCUCGGUAUCUUGCACAUAGACUUAAUAAGUGUUUUCAGUUUUAAUUCAGCAGAUUUUUAAUUCAGCACCUCUUUUGUUACAGUAUGUGACACAUUCUAUUUCUGUCAAUUGUGUGACACGAUUGUCAUGCAGGAGUGCGUGUAGAGCAGAUAACACUAUUUCUGUAAAACAUAGGCUAUAUUUUUACUCACAUCUUCGUAAUGUUAACGUUUGUGUCACAAUCAAAGAUCACAGUGGACAACAGCCAUUGAAGUUGCUCUUGAAUUAUUUAUGAAGCAAAAGGGUGCAUUUGUGAUUUUUUUCUUCUUCUUUAAAUUUGGUACAACACUGUUGUGCUCCUCAUAGAAAGAUGUGCCAAGUGCCUCACUGACUACAACCUGCACAGUAUAGUGGACAGUAUACAACAUGUAUUUAUAUAUCACAACUAAGAAGUUGUAGUUGUUCAGAUCCUCAGCAACACAGGCAGAUGUUCUACUGUAAGAAUUCUUUUUUAUGCUUUCUUUAAAAAAAAGAAAAAUUACAGUAUGUUUUGCAGAUAAAUGUCGUUUUUUUUCCAGUAACAUUGAAAGCAGUUACAUUAUCCCAAGCAUCCCUUUAAGAUGUUGACAAGUGUUCUGUUUCUGUGACAAAUAAACACCACUAAACCAA